GGGGCACGAACCUGUGUCCCCUGCAUCGGCAGGCGGACUCCCAACCACUGCGCCAGCAGGGAAGCCCAAGGGGAUGUUCUUGAGUCUUAUGGAAGCCAUAUGGAGAGGAGUAGGAAGGUUUCUUUAACCGUGGCUAUUCAAGAACCAGGAGCACAGGUCUCAGUUUAUGAAAUUUACAACACCCCCCCUCAAAUAAUCUUCCCUAAGUGUCGGACUUCCUGGAAGGGUGAUUUGCUAGACAAAAAUCAAAACGAGGAAAUUUGCUAGAAUCAAAAAUGAUGGAUCCAUGUUCAGUUGGAGUCCAGCUUCGUUCCACAAAUGAGUGUCAUAAAACCUACUAUACUCGUCAUACAGGUUUCAAGACUUUGCAAGAAUUGUCAUCAAAUGACAUGCUUUUACUUCAACUUAGAACUGGAAUGACACUUUCUGGGAACAAUACAAUUUGCUUCCAUCACGUAAAAAUUUACAUCGACAGAUUUGAGGAUUUGCAGAAGUCAUGUUGUGACCCAUUUAACAUACACAAAAAACUAGCCAAAAAAAAUUUACAUGUAAUUGAUUUAGAUGAUGCCACUUUUCUGAGUGCAAAAUUUGGAAGACAGCUUGUACCUGGUUGGAAACUUUGUCCAAAAUGUACACAGAUAAUCAAUGGAAGUGUGGAUGUUGAUUCUGAAGACCGGCAGAGAAGAAAACCUGAUUCAGAUGGAAGAACUGCUAAAGCUCUGAGGUCAUUACAAUUUGCAAACCCAGGAAAGCAAACUGAAUUUGCUCCAGAAACUGGUAAAAGAGAAAAAAGAAGGCUUACAAAAAAUGCAGCUGCUGGCUCAGACAGACAAGUGAUCCCAGCGAAGAGUAAGGUCUAUGAUAGCCAGGGUCUCCUGAUUUUCAGUGGAAUGGACCUGUGUGACUGCCUCGAUGAAGACUGCUUAGGAUGUUUCUAUGCUUGUCCUGCCUGCGGUUCUACCAAGUGUGGUGCCGAAUGCCGCUGUGAUCGCAAGUGGCUAUAUGAGCAAAUUGAAAUCGAAGGAGGAGAAAUAAUUCAUAAUAAACAUGCUGGAUAAUUUGUGGUAUCAAA